AUGUCCGUUCACAAAUAUUCUGAACUUAUAAACUGGGACGGCAGUCUUGAUCGACAUCUACCGGCUUCUUCCACUACCGCUCCCCUUUCUCGACCGCCUAGCGCGUCGGUACACCCUGCAGGAAUCCAGGAAGGAGAACACGACGACGUAUCCAACGAAAUUUCAAAAGCAGGAGUCGGAUUGAACAGGUUAGAGGCAGUCGAACCCAGUCUGAAGCCUCAGGACUUUACCUCCGGAUACGAAUAUGAUGCUCUUGCCGGUUACUAUACGCAUGAUGCUUCUGCCACCAAGACACCGGGAGAAUCCCGCUCGUCAAACCUGUCUAACGCGCUGAGUAUGGUUGCUGCCUAUGGAUCUUCCCCGCCGGCAACGGUCUCUCCCCCCGACGAGUGUAUUUCUCCAGGCCCUAGCGCCAGCGAUUGGCUGCAGGAUGCUAGUCCGGAGACCCCAGUGGAACAGAUGAUAAUCAGGUCUCCUCAUGUGCGAGAAUCCUCCAGUGCUUCAGAAGGCGGAUUUCCAUACCCUACGGACCGGUCCCUAUCACCUUUCGUCCCGACGUCGUUACUCUGCCCCGCGAAACCGAACGUCUCGCAGGAUCUAUCCAAUCGUAACUUAUGCACGCUGUCUACACCAGGAACCGGAUCUCAGUCGCCACCUAGAGCCGCAACAUCCGACCAGAAUUUCUCAGACCCAGAUUUCCUUCCCUCAUCGGAUAAUGAACGAUCGUCUCACUCUACCCCAAGGGCCCACUCGGCGGAGGCUCGCGCACAGCCUAAUGAUUGGUCUCGCGGGCGAAGUUCUCGCCUCGAGAACGUGGUUGUCUACGUCUCCGUGCCCCCGCUCCCAUCAGAUUGCCGGAAGGAGGACUACCUCUCUUUUGGAGAUUGCGCGGACCAGGGCCCGGGACAAUCGACCGGUUUGCUUGGCGUCAUGCAGGCGGCCCUCAGAAACAACGGUGCGCCCGCCACGCCAGCCUCCGAGCCCCUUGUUCGACAGCGGCGAUAUUCGGUGACAUCCGUCGUAUCCAUCAAGUCCGAGUCUGACACCGGCAGCUUCGUCCCGGUCCCGUCUCCCAAGCGGAGACGAAAGAUGAUCCUGCUCUACCCCUCGCAGGCGGAGGUCCCAUACGAUGAGCAACAGGAGUACUUUGCUCCGGGAGUCCUUCGGGCGUCUCUGAGGCACGCUGUCGACCGGUUCUACCGCAGAGCGAACAACUCGGGUGGUUCCUGGACGGCGGUGCCACACAGUGGCCAUUUUCCGGCGCUCGGGAAAUUUGAGCGGCAGAUCCCUCCCGAGUUUAUUGAAGGUAGCUCAGCGUCUGAGUAUCUACCUUCCGACAGCGAUUCCCCGGCGACGCCGCAUGCAGAGCCAUCAGCCUUUCGCCCCUUCGACGUAGACUCUUUGCAAAAUACAAGUGUAUCGCCGCGCAGUCUUUCUCUGCACACAUCGCCGACCCGACACAAGCGCGACCAGGCGUCGCCUUCAACAUCCAAGGGGAAGAGUCCUGUCAGAAAUUCCGACCCGUACGUCCAUCUCGACAACCCCCCUGGAUCCGGUCCUACACUUGUGGCAGAUGACGUUUCGCAUGCAGCGGAAUACGCGAUGUGGAAACUUGGCGCGCCUCUCAAUGCAGCGGCCCUCGCCGGCGACGGAGUGUAUGAAUCGCACAACCCGUCCAUCUUCACCUCCGGGAACAAACAUGAUAUUUUUCUGGGCUCCGGUGUGCCGUCGUUGUCGCCCGAGAGCUUGCGGUUGGAAGCUAACUUCCAGGACGGGUAUCGGAAGCCUCUGGGGCUGGACGAUUCCGUCUCCUCUUCUCUGAUAGACCCUGGGGGUACGACGUCGACGUCGCUUGAUCCUGGCUUCGACAUCGGCAGUGGUCUCUUAGGGGAGUCCUCUGCCUCCGCUGACUCUCCUUAUCAGGACUACCUCUCUGGCGCCGGCACUAUCGACCCUUCUCUCUUAGGUGGCUUAGACGAGGAUCCUGGGUCACCGCAACGCCAGGAAUCUGGAAUUGCAGAAGAGGCUGAAUAUGCUUCACCGAGCGGCCGGUUAUGGUCCUUCUCGCCUGGUCCAGUCGCGUCUGAUUCAUCAGACUCACGUGCUGGCACUCCUUCGGCUAAGUCUGCAGUGCGCGACGCUUCGAGUACGCCCGCUCCGCCUCCGCCUAAGCGUCGGAAGGUUAUCCUGACUCUCCGGGCCGCAGAGGCGCAAGAGAAUGGGUUCCGCUCGGACGAGGACGAUGAUGCCUUGGAUUCUGGCGACACUGCGUACGUCUCCCCUAUGGCUCUAGGAGGCCCUGGUCGGAGCAGAGGGAGGAGCAGAGGAAGAAGCGUCCGCGGGGGAAGGGGCGGUGCACGUAAUGCUGCGUCCUUCAGGCAUUCCAACGAAGAUAUGUCGGCGUCGGAAGGCGAAGGAUUGUCGUCUUACGAUAAACUAUACCGUGUGCUCUUGAAGGCAGUCCGUAGAGACCCUGGGGUUGAGGUUAACGACCCUGACGGACAGCUCAGCAGGUGUCAUCAUUGUCGUCGGGCCACCACUCUCCUCAAGAUGACGUGCUGGAGGUAUAAUGGUGAAACGCGCUGUAUGAAGCGGUAUUGUAUUAAUUGUAUAACCAAACGGUACCCUCAUGUGAAAUUCAACGCUCAGGCUCGCGACUUCGAGUGCCCAGCAUGUGAAGGCAUCUGCAACUGCUCACAUUGCGCCGCAAAGCGGGGUGAAGAGUAUAUCUCAGAACAUUCUCUUCGUGCGGAUUUGCGGAAUCCGAAACAAGGUCGCAACCCGCCGCCCAAACCCCGUAAGCAGCCGCAGGGGUCCGCUAUUACCGCAGUACAACCUGAGACAGGAUCGUUCUUCGGCACAGUGUACGGAAUGUCGGGGGAGAGGGUGGGCAAGGCAUUCAUAACUACCGGCUCUCCCUCUGCUCGCUGUCGGUCCAGGAGGUCGUUCAUUGGCCUUCCUUUGGCUAAGUGGAAGAUGGAUGCAGACUCCUUCGCGGACUCCUCGCAGGAGGACUCGCUGAACAGGGGACCUUCACUUUUUCUGGGCGAUAUAUCUCGUUUAGAUCUCGCCGCCUAUGUUCCACUUGUGGAUGUAAUGGAGCGGGAGCGAUCAUUGUCUCCUCUCACGGAGCUAUCAGACAGCGAAGGUGAAGCAGCAGAGCUGAGCGCGGACCGACACCAAGGUGCCUUGAACCCCGAGGAUGCUGAGGUUGGAAAGACAUGGUUAUAUUUGGGUGAAGAGAACAUAACAGCUACACUCACUGUAGCGCUUGCUGCAGCCCAGUCGUAG